AUGGCGCAACUCAACAGCGACACACACUUGGACGACUCUCACUUCCCUGCCGCAUCUCGCCGCCGUUCGUCCAUUACCGACGGCCUGCAGCUUCCCUCGACCUCCAUGUACAACGACGCCCCAACCGAUCUGAAGCCCGACCAAGGGUCAAGGAAGCGCCGCCACAAAUCCCACGACAUAGAUAUUGGACCGCGGCCCGGUGGCGAGGUGGACGAUGCCUCCUACUCAUCCAAGCGCCGCCGUUCUGCGAACUGGCCGCUGACGGAGGACCAGGCCUGGUCUCCUGAUUCCUCCCAGCGCAGUCGCCGCAGCAAAGGCUCGCACAACCGUCGCCAAGUUUCGUCGCCCAGCCGCCUGUCUAGGUUCCAGGAGGCCAGCAUGCACGACCGUGCCAGCAGCCAGCCACCCAGUGUCUUUACCCGCUUCUUUCCCGCCUCUCGCGGCAUUGCGCCCAUUGACCAACUCAUGGAAGACUACCACGCUGCCAACGAUACCGCGCCGACGCACCAUCGUGGUUCUCUCCGCGGUUCCUCGCACCACCCGAACCAAUCCGUGACGAGCACUGCCUCCUCGAAUAGUGCUAACACCAGGGAGUCGGGCAUCUUUCGUUUUGGGCGCUCGCUUGCCGCGACUUUCAAUCCGAUCAACAUCUGGCAGAAAAUGCAGCAGAAAUGGAGCGAGGCACGACAGGAACUCAUUGAAGAGGCACUUGACGAGCAGGCGCGUCAGCUCAGGGAACGGGCGCUGAAGGCCGACGAGGUAUAUGCGCACUUAAAGAAGACGGGCCAGCUGGGCACCCAGGGCACUCAUGCCAUCCCGAAUGGAACCCAGAUCUUCACCCCGGGCUACACCGCGCCAGCAGGUGAGCACUCCAACCAGAGGGACUCGGGGGUUGCCGGCAUCGAGCCGGAUUUCUCCCGUCCCUAUGAGCAGAAGGAUGCUGCAAAAGGCGCCGCUGACCUCUCUUCUCCGCCGGAGCGCAAGUCCGCUCUUCACUUUAAGACUCCGUCGUUCGCGAACCUGAAGAAGGCCCGGUCCGAAGCCCAACUGGCGAAGCGUGCUCCCCCUUCAUCCCCGACUGCCGACUUGAGUGAUGCUCAGACACCUCGCACGCUUCGCGGGAUCCAUUCUAAGAAAGACAUCGAGAAACAGCUUAAACUGCACAAGCGGGUCAGUGACCUAGAAAUCAAACUCAAGGAGGCGCGCCGCGAGUUGUAUGACUGUCUGGGAGACAGUGCUCCUGUUCCCACACUUCCUGCGCACCUGGCCGCUUCUCUGAACAGCAACAAGCCGCGAGUUCCAACUCCUCUCCGUAAAAGGGCUUCUGGACCCACAGGAACUCUGCCUACAUUGCCCUCUGAACGCCUGCUAUUCCCGGACCAAGCCGACACUCGUGAAGACGUGAUGGGAUCUUCGCCGCCACCUGUUAUGGACGAUAACGAGCAUGCACCCGCUGCUGAAGAGACAGACCCUCCCACACUCACUGUGACUAACGACAUCUGGAUCGCAGAUGCUUCGCCGGCGAAGUCCAAGGGCAAGCUGAAAAAGUCGACCAAGCCCAUGUCGGCCAAGAGGAAGAGUGGUAACGAAGAGGACUUGCCAUUCAACCCUGGCCCUGAAUCAAACGACGAUGAUGAGCUGGCAGGACCCGCAAAGGUCCCUCCGAAAAGGCGUCCUGGCAGGCCGAAGAAGAACCCUUCCGUAGCACAACCAGAGAAGCCGGUGAAGCAGGCUGGGUCGACAGAAGCCCCGGGACAGGACAAGCCGGUACGCGGAAAGUUAACUGACAAGGCGGUCACGAAGGCUGAGAAACAGCCUGUUGUGCACGCUAGCAUUGACGAGGCCAUCGAGUCGAUGAACGAGGAAGACGUGACAACCGCCAAAGUUCUGCUCAGGGGUAGUUCCCCAAACCGGCCAUCUGCUCUCGCUACGCCCUCUCAUCCAACACGUCGCAGUACUCGCUCGACCUCACCAGAGAACGUUGUGAGCGUUGUGCCCAACGGCAAGUCCGUCCCGCCGAUGCCUUCGGUGCCGGAGAACUUGAGGAUGCAGACCUCCAAGCCUCCUGUUACCAUUCAGCAGAGCAAUGCUCCCUUUGAGUGGCCGGAUGACGUCUUUUAG